AUGAUGCUCCGUUCAGACCUCGUUGCGACAGUGGUCACACUGCUCCUCCUAUUCGCGCAGGCAAAUGCAAACCAGGCGCUGAUGAAAAAGCUUGUGCAUGAAUAUCAGAAUAAUACCAAGUCUCUCCUCCCCAGCCAAGGCCCCUGUACACCGGACAACCUUGUCGUGCGCAAAGAGUGUAGGAGCACCCUCAACACCGAAACCCGCCUAUCAUACAUCAACGCCGUGAAAUGCCUAGCCAAACGCCCCUCAGUAAUAGACCCCAAGCUCGCCCCCGGCGCCCGCACGCGCUACGACGACUUCCAAGCAACACACAUCCUACACACCCCCACCAUCCACGCCACAGGCCUCUUCUUCGCCUGGCACCGGCACUUCGUCCACCUGUACGAGAAAGCUCUCCGCGAGGAAUGCGGGUACACCGGGUACCAGCCAUACUGGGAGUGGUCGCACUGGGCGAACAAACCCCCCAGUGCGAACCCGCUCUAUGAUGGCUCGGAUACCUCGAUCUCAGGGAACGGGAGGUAUAUCCCCGGAAGGAAUGGAACGGUGCAGCUAUUCCCUAUCCCGAACCCAACACCUGAUAAGGCAAUCUAUACACCACCGGGUACUGGGGGCGGGUAUAUCCACGAUGGACCCUUUGCGAACUGGUCGUUGCAUCUGGGACCCGUCGCGUACUCUUACGAUAUGGGGGUCCAUGUCCCUCCCAACCCCCAGAAGAAUGGCCUGGGAUAUAACCCACGGCCUCUAAUUCGGGACUUCAACAAUUCGCUCCUGCAGGAGUCUGCGUCGUGGGACGUGAUCCUGGAUAUGCUGGUGAAUGUGACGGAUAUCCACGAGUUCCACCCGAAGUUCUUCCAGGGCCCGCAUCUUGCGGGGCAUAGUUUUAUCUCGGGCGUGGAUAAUGAUAUCUUUACGUCUCCUGGGGAUCCGCUGUUUUGGUUUCAUCAUGCCCAGGUGGAUCGCAUUUGGACGGUUUGGCAGGGGUUGGAUUUGCGUACGAGGGAAGAGGCGUUGGAUGGGACGUUGACGUUGUUGGACUUGCCGCCGAGUCGUAACGCAACGCUGGAUGAUACGAUGGUGUUUGAUUUCAGCCCAGAUAUCACAAUCGGAGAUGCCAUGAGUCCGACGAAGAAUGGGUAUUGUUACAUUUAUGAUUGA